AUGUUUCUUGUUAUCCUGCAGGACCCGAUGUCGCAUCGUAUAAUAGAAAAAAGGCGACGCGAUCGAAUGAAUAAUUGCCUGGCCGAUCUGUCGCGGCUCAUACCGGCCGAAUAUAUGAAAAAAGGUCGAGGUCGAGUUGAAAAAACCGAAAUAAUCGAAAUGGCCAUCAAACACAUGAAGUACCUCCAAUCCAACGUUUCCUCGCCGGUCGGGAAUCAACCACCUGCACACGAACCCUCGGAACCAGUGGAAGCCCAAAAGUCCGAAAAUAAUUCUACCCCCGAGCAACCCGAAAACUCCAUCUUGAUGGCAGAACAGUACAGAAUGGGAUUUUUGGAAUGUCUGACCGAGACUAUGCAGUAUCUCGUCGGGGCACACGGAUAUCCACCUAACCACGGGUUGUGCAGCUUGUCGCUCAUCAACCACUUGCAACAGCAUUACGCUCAGAUCAUCAAAGGGAAACAAGUGAUCCAUGGCGUGAUGAAACAAGAGAUUAUAUUGGAAGUGAACAAGUUCAACGCGAAUAUGCUAACAUACUUGGACGGGGACGGGGCUUACGACGAGACCGGUCAACAAAAACAUUCUUUGAGAAACUCGAAGUCUCACACGUCGGCCAACGCGUCAUAUGACCAGACCCUGGCGGACAGGUGCAGCAUGUCGUUCACGACGGACUCGUAUUCGUCCAACGGGUCAAUGUACAAGUUCAAGACGGACAUCAAACAGCGGUUCAGCGCCGAGAACAGCGGCGAGGACCUGGCCGAUUACUACGCGCCGGGCAAGAAACGGCGCCGGAAAGAAUCGUCCGACUGCACCGAAGACGGCCGACAGGAUGUACCGAUAUUCGCGUUGCACGCCAACGGGUCGUACUACAUACCGAUGACCGUCAACAGGGACAUCAUACCGCCCGCCCUGGACCACGCGAUGACUGAAACCCGUUCGUCUGUCAUCGUGCACCCGAUAUCGAUUUCGGUCAACUUCCAAGCGACCAAUCAGUUCUGA